AGUAGCAAAGAACGUAGCACCACUUUCGCCAGUAGAUCACAUGUAGCUCGCCAACUCUUUCGUCUAGGAGUGGAUUAGUGACUCGAAGUGUAUUUUCUACGUCUACUGUUCGAAAAAGAUAUGACCUUCCUAGGUGUCGGAUAUAACAACAUCUAUGAGAAUCUUGAAGAACUCAGUGCCGUAGACGUCGACCACAGACAAUAUUAAGGUGGUGAAGAGUAUGUUUGAGAUCGGGGCUUGGCUGCCACUCGUGCUGCUGACGAUUCCUCGGAUCACGGCCCUGUCCCAGCCGACGUGCCGCGUUUCCGAGUUUUUCUGCGACACGGGACAGUGCGUCGCCUUGGACAGGUUCUGCGACGGUUCCUACGACUGCAAGGACAAGUCCGACGAGCCACGAUACUGCUCACCAUGCAACAGAACAUAUUUCGGUGACGUGGGUAGGACGUACGAAGUUGAGAUAAGACGACCCAGAGAAGACAGACUGCCAUUUAUUUGCCAUCUCAACUUCACAGCCGGCGGAGGAGAUCUUGGCGACUUGAUACAGUUGACAUUUGACACAUUCACCGUUGGCAAGUUUGUUUCCUUCACGACGGACGGCUGCCCUGACGGCCAUAUGUCAAUUCAGGAAUCCGAAAGGCCAUUAACGGGAGGUCAAUGGUGCGGAAGCGCCUGGGGGUACACCGUCUAUUACAGUGAAACAAGAUCGCUUAAUCUAACACUCCAGCUGGACAGGCUGUCCGAACAGGGUAUAGGAUACAAUUUCGAUUUCAAAUUAGCGUACAAGUUCCUGAAGCGAGGCGAGGCCCACCUGCGCUACGGGAACCGAUCCGUCGCCAGCUGGAGGGGUGACCUGGUCCCAGGGAGUUAUUGUGAUAGAAUUUUGGAGGGCUGUGACAUUAGGCCGUGUCGAAUCCAGUCGCCUAAUUACCCCGGUGUCUACCCGAGGAACAUCACUUGCUAUUACAGAGUGGAGCACAGGCAAGUGCAGAGGGGAAAACACGUCCUUCUCGCUGUCCGGCAGAGGAACAGCCACAAAGUACACAUUAAAGAUCAGAUAGUCAAAUACGAUAGAAGCCAAAGGGUGUUAAGAGUCUGGGACCAGUGUAAUGUCGUCCAAGAUUACCUGACCGUUUAUGACGGAGGGUCUACGACGGAUCCCGUCCUGGUGAGGCUGUGCGGGGGAGAUGCCGUCCCCGACAUUGUCUCAUCUGGAAACAACAUGCUCCUGGAAUUUCACACAUCGCCGUACGACAACCCAUUCCACCCUGUGCCUCUCAGCUUCUUGCCCGGAUUCGAGCUUGAAGUCCAGGUGUUGUUUGUGGAGGCGAGGUCGCACCAUUACGUGAGGGACGUUCACCACUGCGAAAUCCUCCUGACCAGCUUCGACUCGGCCUGGGGCAUACUGGAAAACCCGAAGCACUCUCUUCCGCCCAAUACGACCUGCAGAUACCAUUUCCAGGGCAGGAGGCACGAGACUGUCUGGCUGUCUUUCGUUAAAUAUCACGCCGCUCCAGCUGACCCGGCGGCGUAUCAGCUCAGCGCAGAAUGCAAUGCAAGACUCAGGAUAUGGGACGGACGAAUCACUUCUAUACCAGGACAGCAGAUGAACGUGAGCCUUUUAGGAGACUUUUGUAAAGACGAAGUGCCCAGACUGUGCGAUCACACUUUAUUAAGCAACAGUUCGAGAUUUACGAGGCCGUGCUCCCCAUCUGAGAGUUAUGUUUCGUCGGGGAGCGAAUUGACUUUGGAACAAACUUUAAAGCAGGGUUCGGUCCUCUUUCCAUUGGACUUCAUGGUCCGGUACGAGUUCGUGGACACAAUGCUUGAAGGUUCGCACGUCAAAGGUUCGGACAAUCCGUGCGACAGGGUGUUCACCUCUUCCAUCACCUCGCCCUCCAGUGGCAAAUUCCAGUCGCCGAGGAGCGUUUUCUACUACGGCAGAGGCGGGGCGCACAAUCUCAGCUGCAUCAUGAGAUUCGAACCAACUUUAGGAGAACGUGUUCAGCUUACAUUGACGAGGGCGAAAUUCGGGAGCAGGUCCUGUUCCACGCAACAAGACGCCCGAACCGGAAGAUGGAGAUGUGUUCACACACUUUCAAAAGCGAACGGGACCGGAAUCGCCGAACUAUGGAUAUCCGAAUACCCCUGGCCAGGGGUGCAAAUUCCACGAGAUUGCCUUUGCUCGAAACUUUCCGAUCCUCUGGUUAUAACGACGUUAACUUCGUCCACCGUCGAAGUUAAUUUUACAGUCACGCUAAUGAACAUAACCCAAGAUUUCAACCACUUCAACUUUGAAGGGGAGUACCAGUUUGUUUCUAGCACGUCGGACGAAGAAGUGGAAAGCUGUAUAAAAUACAAAACAGCCAGGCGUCUUCGUGGUUCUUCAGGUGAUAUAAUAUUAAAGGGCCCGGUUUCGAAGAAAAACGACGACGUCAACGAGAUAUUCGCUGAGAAGCUGAGCUCAAACGUGGUCGUCGAUCCGCUCAACGUCGGCUGUCAUCCCCACCCCUGGCUCAUCGAGCCGGAAGACAACACAAACAACUUCCUGUACCUUAAGGUGCGAGGCCGAGAACUACCUUCCAACAGGUGGCGGAGCGAUUCGGUUCGCUGUCAUACCUCGAACAGGAUAAUCGUCUACUCCGGGAUAGAGACGAGAGAUCCGAAAGUAGUCUGCCCCCAGGAAGGUCUUCCCGUGAACACGCAGACCGUCGUCGAGGUCUUCUCGGAUGGCUGGAACCACAGUUCGUCCAUUUCCAUACUUCAUCCCAACACGAGAUCCUUCGUAGUGGAGUUUUUGGAACAGGAGCCGGGGAGUUACUCCGUUUCGUGGAUGGAAGUAUCGAAACGUCCUCUCUUAACGGCCACAUCGUCUUUCGUUAUGUCUUCAAAUACAAUCGACUGCCCUUACAGGUGUCCUGAAUUGAAUGCUUGUAUAAGCUCAGCCCUCUGGUGCGACGGUGCCCGUCACUGCCCGUCAGGUUUCGACGAAGAGGAGACGAACUGCGCGUUCCAGUUCGGAAUCCCAGUUCUGUACCUGGCAAUCGGGGGCGUCGCGCUGCUAGUGCUCACGCUGCUCAUUAUGAUAACGGCCUGCUUUAAGUGCCGGCAAGCGAGGAAGAAUAAAAAGAAGAAGAACGGCAGGUCCGCGAAUCCCGGCAUCCCUUCUUCCAGGUACGCGCCCAACCCCGAGGAUUUGUACAUGGACGGAAAAGACAGCCUCUGUUGACAGAGCGUCGUCGCCCUCGAGACGACCGUCUGACACCACACGUUCGCCCUUCGGCAGAUCCAGCGCUAUGACGGCGACCUCUGGACCGCGCCGUCUCGCGAUUGAUCCCGAGGCGAGUUUCUCGAGUGGCGAGCGUACGAAUCUUCUCAUUGCUCAAAUCCACGGGAUCAACCCUGUAUACCACCGGAUCCUCCCUGCCGACGUUUAGAUAAAUGAUAGCGAAUAUGGUUUUUUUAAUUUAAUUUUUUUAAUUCGAAUAAAUGACUGUAUGGUUUCCAACAAAAAAUAUAUAAUAAAAAGAAAUUGUUGUAAUUGAAAUAAACCCAAAGGCGUUUCCUUGGUCGUGCUCGUCCAUUUGUGUCAAUCCUUUUAGAAUGUCCCUCCCUUAAAUAAAAAAGUAAAAAAUAAAAAAAUAAAAAAUCAAUUUGAUCCCAAAAUCGAGUGAAUGACUGUUUGGAAAUAGUGAGAUAAAGUGUUACAAUCUGACUAACU